GAAAAAAAAAGGAUCCCCCUCUCUCUUAUCUUUCCAGUGAGACCGACGCCUCUCUCUCGCUCUCUCUCUCUCUCUCUCUCUCUCUCUAGGGUUUCUUGAUCGCCACCCAAGGAAUAGUGCCGUUUUGCUCCGCGAAUUGGAGCUCGAUCUCGACGAGGAGGGCGGAGCCAUCGAUUCCUCAGCUCUGAUCGAGGGCGAUUCGUCGUCUGGAAUCGAGGAUGGAGGAGACUGGAAAGAUGCAGAGCCACCUGACGUCAGCUGCGGCUUUUGUGGAAGGGGGCGUCCAAGAUGCUUGCGACGACGCAUGCAGCAUCUGUCUUGAAGCCUUCUGCGAGAGUGAUCCUUCAACAGUGACUAGCUGCAAGCACGAGUUCCAUCUUCAGUGCAUUCUCGAAUGGUGCCAGAGAAGUUCUCAAUGCCCUAUGUGUUGGCAACCUAUCAGUUUGAAGGAUCCCACCAGUCAAGAACUACUUGAAGCUGUGGAACGAGAAAGGAAUGUUAGAGUUAACCAAACUCGAAAUACUACCAUUUUUCAUCAUCCAACACUUGGAGAUUUUGAGUUGCAGCAUUUACCCGUAGGUGGAAAUGAUGCUGAGCUGGAAGAUCGCAUAAUGCAGCACUUAGCUGCUGCUGCUGCAAUGGGCAGAGCACAUCACAUUGCCAGAAGAGAAGGGCAGCGGGGUAGGUCAGGAGCUCAUGGCCGCCCACAAUUUCUGGUUUUCUCUGCGCAUCCAAAUACGCCUGCUGUUGGCUCUGCCUCUUCUGCCCCAAGAGGUGCAGAAAAUGAACCGGCUCCUGCUAUCAUUGCUGCUAGUCCAUCAGCUUCCCUUACUGUCACAGGAGAUGAAGUCACAUCCCAAACUCCACAUGUGAUCCCUGUUCAAGCUGAUCAGGCUGCUGUCUUGACAUCUGGCAGUGCUGCUACUGCCAACAGGUCUAGUCUUUCUGGCAACAGGAAUUUUGUUGGUCAGUCAACACCAGUUAACCAAGAUAGAGCAGGACCGUCAGACUUCCAGUCCUUUUCAGAGUCUCUGAAAUCACGUUUAAAUGCUUUCUCAAUGAGGUACAAAGACUCUAUCACAAAGAGUACUCGAGGAUGGAAGGAGAGACUGUUUUCGCGUAACUCUACUGUGGCAGAUCUUGGGUCUGAAGUUAGGCGAGAAGUCAAUGCUGGAAUUGCUACUGUCUCACGCAUGAUGGAGCGCCUGGACACAAGAGAAAGUAGAAGAACAUCUGGUGCUCCUCCUGUGCAGCCUGACUCCAAUGUUUAUUCAGUUAGAGAACCAAAUAAUGAAAGUGUUAGAGAGAACCAUGAUAAUGCUCUUCCAAAUAAUGGUAAUGCGUCGGCUUCUUGUGCUGCAACUUCAGGUUCAAACUAAGCUAUGCUACAUCUUCUAAAGAUCUGCAAAUUCACUCAGCAAUCAUUCUUGAAGGUGGUACAAUUUCAAAACAGCCAUGAGAUGCUGAGGUGGAAUAGACAUCCUUGGAUAAUUUGCUUGCCUGUUUGGAUGAUGGACUUGUAUGUGGCUUUCAGUAUGUCGGAGUCAUGGAAGGGGAAGGGCGAGAAGCUUACCCGCUAAAGCCUUUUUCAGGACUUCAAUGCAUAUGCCCUUAUCUAAUUCAACUUUGUAAAUCUGUUGAUCAUAGAAAAUCUAUUGACUUUAAUAAUGGUUAUAAUACACUUACCGCAGGCAUAUAUUCUGUUAUUCUAAGACAUGCCAGUGGUUGCUACUGUCGUCGUUUCAGGCGUUGAAAGUGAGUUGACAGUGAAUUAUGCCAGAACCACAAUCUUUUUAAAGGAGAUUAUUUUUCAAUAGUAUUGUCCGUACUGGAGGCUUGGAUGAAGGCAACGUGAUGCUGAACUCUUGCAAGGUUCGGUAACGAGGUACGGCAGAUAUAUACGAUGACAUCCCAAGAACUUGGAAAACAAUGAAGAAGGCUCAGCUGCAAUGCAACAAUUAUGUUCUCGUUA